UCUUUUAAGAUGUAAAUUGAUUCAAUGAGUAAACGCAAGUCAAAGGACAGCAGCUUUACAAAUGGAGAAUGCAUUUCUCAGGUGCAAAGAAUUUUACGUGAACGAUUUUGUCACCAGCACCCUAAUGGAAAGCUAUUUGGGGUCGAACCUCAAUACAAACAUCUGCUGGAGCUGCUGAAACGAACCAUUUUCCAUGGAGAAAGUAACUCUGCGCUCAUUAUUGGGCCCCGAGGAUCGGGCAAGACCAUGUUACUAAACCACGUGUUGAAGGAGCUCAUGGAAAUAAAGCAAGUAAAGGAAAACCUCUUACAAGUUCACCUAAAUGGCCUGUUGCAGACCAAUGAUAAAAUAGCUCUUAAGGAGAUCACAAGGCAACUAAGUCUAGAAAAUGUGGUUGGAGAUAAAGUUUUUGGUAGUUUUGCUGAAAAUCUUGCAUUUCUUCUUGAAGCUUUAAAGAAAGGUGACCGAGAUAGCAGUUGUCCAGUGCUGUUUAUACUGGAUGAAUUUGAUUUAUUUGUUCAUCAUAAGAACCAGGCGCUGCUAUAUAACCUUUUUGAUAUAUCCCAGUCAGCCCAGACUCCAGUAACAAUUAUUGGACUUACAUGCAGACAAGAUAUUCUGGAGCUCCUGGAAAAGAGAGUGAAGUCAAGGUUCUCCCACCGUCAGAUAUACAUGAUGAACUCAUUCGAUUUUAAACAGUACCUUAAAAUAUUUAAAGAACAAUUAUCUCUACCUGCAGAAUUUCCAGACAAGUCUUUCACUCAGAAAUGGAAUAAGAAUGUUCAGCAUCUUUCAGAAGACAAAACAGUGCAAGAUGUUUUGCAAAAUCACUUCCACCAUAGCAAAGACCUGCGAUCACUUCACAUGCUCUUGAUGCUUUCUUUAUGUGGCAGAACUGUCUCUCACCCCCUUAUUACUCCAUCAGACCUUUUGGAAGCAAGCAGGAUGUGUAGAAUGGAUUCAAAAGCUAAUAUUGUGCAUGGUUUGUCUGUGCUGGAAAUCUGCUUAAUUAUAGCUAUGAAACACCUAAAUGAUGUUUAUGAAGGAGAACCCUUUAACUUUCAGAUGGUGUAUAACGAAUUUCAGAAGUUUGUACAAAGGAAGGCACACUCUGUGUACAACUUUGAGAAACCUGUUGUCAUGAAGGCUUUUGAACAUUUACUACAACUAGAGUUAAUAAAACCACUAGAAGGACCAUCUGUGCGUGCCCAGCGAGAAUACCUACUGAUGAAACUCUUGUUGGACAACAAUCAAAUCAUGGAUGCUUUGCAGGUGUACCCAAACUGCCCAACUGAUGUUAAACAGUGGGCAACAUCAUCACUGAGUUGGCUGUGAACUUUUUGAAGCUUAAUAAAUUCAAGUUCUCAAUGUUCUGUAUACUUGA